AAAACCAUCUCUGGCAUCUCGCAAAGAAACUCCAGGAAGUACUACUCACUCACAGAGCUACACUCGAAUGGUGAAUGUUUCGACUGUGGCAGGGCGCUAAAACUCGAUUUAAUGUGGGAUUUUUGUCCAGUAGAAACAUAUCGAUAAUGUCCAGUAACUGUGGUGCGGCGGACGGUCAAAACACCAGCGACAACAGGUCGAUUCACUCGGACACCGUGGAGGAGGUUCAUAACGUCCCAAUGCAAGUCAUCAUCAGACCGUUUCCCUCAGUGCUGGAUGAACAGAAAGUCCAGAGUCUGAUGGAAACAAUAAAGGAGACAGCAGACAUCAGCGUUGUUCCUCCGAUUGAUGUGCUCUGGAUCAAAGGAAGAGAGGGGGGAAAUUACUUCUACUCGUUCGGAGGCUGUCACAGGUUUGCUGCGUAUCAGAGGUUGAAUAUGCCAACUAUUCCAGCCAAGAUCAUCAGAUCAAACAUCACAGACCUGAGCACUUAUUUGGGGUCUUCUACGCCUGAUCUGCGGUGAAGCUGCAGCAGCUUGGAGGCUUUUUUUUGUUUUAGAGACUUGACUCAGGUGGAUCACACCAACAGAUGUGACUCUUGUGUUACAGCUGGUAACUGCACAGUAAAGGGUUUACCAGCAGGGGGAAAUGUAACUCUUUUGUUAAAGACACCGUUUAUCAUUAGAGAUGGCUUAAAAAUAAGUGCAUAAUUGUGUUUUUGUUAGUUGUGCAUUUUUACGAGUUGCAUAUCUGUCUUAUCAUAGCUUUAACUUUCAAAUCCCAGCUGUAAUUGCUGAUAAAAAGUAACUUAAAUAAAUGUUUUCUGACAGUUAACACUUUCUGAUGAUAAAGGAGUGAAAAUAUAUAUAUAUAUAUAUAUAGUAAUUUAGCGACCUGUUUACAGAUAUUAAAGCAUUUUCACUGCAGACAUCUUGACUUAGAAAUACCAAAUAUCAAAAUCUGUCCUCUGUUUAAGAGUCCCAGUGAGCAAUGACAGUGAACCAGCAUGCAUAUUAGCAGGAGUGUGAAACUAAAGCAGAUAAAUGGAAUUCAGCAUCUUUUACUUUUACUCUUUACACAUGUGCCUUUCCUGCUGUGACACUUGAAAAAGGGCCUGUUCUAGCCGCCAGUGGCUCUCCUUCAAGUGCACCUUUGAAUUCUUUCUACUGAGAACCGAGGAAGCUAUUUUUGUCUGAAAUUAUAUCAGAAGGUCCCUGUAGUCAGUCUUUUUUUGUGUGGAACUAGUUUUAAUUUUAGAAUUCAAAGGACACAGACCUGCUUUAUGUUGCAGCAGCAGGGUAUGAGGAGGAAAUGAAUUUGUCCUGCGGGACACGUCUUUUCAAUCAGAAUAGUAAUCGCAGUAGUAAUUAUUUCUCUUUUUCUUUUUACCAGAACUUCUCAGCAGUUCUGGUGUUACACACUCUCGUGCUUUUUAGUCAUACUCAGCUGCUUUGUUCCAUGCACAGUCAACUUUAAUUGAGGUGUUAAAGACAGCACAAGACAACGAGGUAAAAGUAAGAGCCUAUAGAGCAGAUGGUUCGUCAGAGGAGUCAGGUGCUGUGAGAACAUCAGGCUGACAAAAUGCAGGAUGUGAUUGAGUCUUACUGACUCUGCCUGUCAUUAGUCUUUCUGUCUUGUCAUCUCUGAAAAGGACUGUAACCUUACAGAUUGUUUUGACAAAGAAGCAGGGGGAAUUCAGCACACGUUAACUUCCAUAAACUCAUAAAUUUGUAUGAAAACCCUCCUAAACAAGUGCAAUCGGAUUAAAUCUUUUCUAACAAAUAAUGUAUAAAUAACCUGAAUAUUGGCUUUCUCUUUAUCCUGUAGUCCCAGAUGCAUUUAAGAGUACAAAUGCAUACAUCUGACAGUAAACAGCACAAAUCAUCCUCGGUAAAUGUAUUAGAUAAAGCCCUAUUUGUUGUUGUUGCUGACCUUGAGCCUGGCCCUGUUUACUAAAUCAAGUCAGACAGCAGUUCCCUCGCCUCUGCCUUGGAGGAAGGAACUGCAGUUUACAGAAUAAUAUAGGUAAUCUAUACAUCAAGACGAAGCCUUUCCGACAUCAGCGCUCUCACAAUGCGAGCUCAGAGCUGCUUGACGAUCUCCCUUUGUGGCCAUCGAGGAAAUGAAAGGAGACCAGGGGCAGCUUUUACCGACCGGCCCUAAAGGACUCUAAAUUUCUCCUCUGAAUCGUCGCGUGUGAGAAGAUUUCCUGUAGCUCGCUCACUGUCUGGAAGUAACCAUAUCCUCAAAGGGGUUUUGACACGCAAUACUGGUAUGAAAAUAUACAUUGCACCUGUUGCUUCGGGGAGCGGUUUCCAUGGGUGGUUCUGCACGCUUUAUCUCCGAGGAUUUGAGCAGAUCAAGGGGAUUUGGGGGGCUAAGAAGGGGAACUGUUGAGGCCAUUUUUACAAAUGGAUUGGAUUUUAACAUUGUUUUUCAUUUACUUAUUGUUUUGUGAGAGGUGGUCAGGGAUGUCAUUUGUUCGCAUCUCGGUCAGUCUGUGUCAUUUGUGGUGAUAGAGGUGCUGCUCCUCCAUGUCUGACAACAUAAAAGCAGCUUGUAACUUUGCAGAUAUAAUGACAAUAUAUAAACCUCCAUGCACAUUAGUCUUUGUGGCCCUACAAAUGAGUCCAUGGCACCAUGUUGAUGGUAAAAAAAAAAAAAUUGUUGGAAUACACACCAAAGACUGUUUUAGUUGUAGAUAUUGAUACUUACAUAUAUAACCUUUGAAUCUCUGGGGUACCAAUUUGACCCUUGUUUAAAAACGCUGCACUUUUUCCAGUUUCAAGAGUGAAUAAUUCAAAAUUUGGCCUCUGCUGGAGCUAUUCAGUCAUUUUGAUUAACUGGAAACAACUUUGUCUGUGUCCUCACUUAAUUUCAUGGCUGUGGGAGUGAACUUUCUGGAGAUAUUAAACCCUUAAAUUGGCUUCCCAGAUAAUAUAUUUUUUAAAGGUGAAUAUGCAAUAAUUCCCCUAAAACCACAUAAAAUUCUUAAAAUAUUAUAAGCUUAAAUAUUUUCCUGAAGUUAGUUUUCCUAGACUUGGUCUUGGCUUGUUGUACUUAAGCAUCUCUAGAUACAUUGUGAGUAAAUGAUUGAUUGAACUGUUGUGUGACAGUUGUCAAUGACACAUUAAAGGAGCACAGCAGUACAUCGGAGCCAUGUCACUGCUCAUGCUAUUUUCUUUACCAUGUGUCGUUGUUACUCUGUAAUGACUUAAAGAAACAGGACUCAUGGUGUCUGUCAUGUUUGCAAACCUUUCAUUAAAUUUCAUUUCUUUGCCCUGA